AUGGACGAUGAGCAGUCUCUGCAGAAGGAGUCAACCUUUGGCAUCCAGAUGCGCACCAAUUAUUUCUCAUUCGCUGGGAAUUACCAUCCACUGAACCAUGGCUCAUUUGGGACUUUUCCUAAAGUGGUGCACAAGUACCAGCAGCAACUCCAAUUGGAAUGUGAGGCACGACCCGAUACCUUCAUACGAUAUACCUACCUGGAGCUCCUACAAGAAAGCCGGACAGCAAUCGCACCGCUUCUCGGUGUGGAUCCCGGGGAGGUUGUCUUUAUCCCCAACGCAACAACGGGCGUUAACACUGUCCUUCGGAACUUGACGUUCGAUGAGGGCGAUGUGAUUCUGCAUUUCGGUACCAUAUACGGCGCUUGUGAGAAAACAAUUCAGUCUCUCUCAGAAGUUUUCCCCAUCGCAAAGUACUCGAUUGAGAUAGCAUAUCCGAUAGAAGAUGAAGAGAUCAUCAAGGGCUUCCGCAACGCUGUCUCGGCAAUUCAAGCUCAUGGCAAGCAAGCUAAGAUCGCCAUGUUUGAUACCGUUCUGACGUUCCCCGGGGCUCGGUUCCCAUGGGAGGCAUUAGUGGAGGUAUGCAGAGAACUCGGUGUCCUAAGCUUCAUCGACGGCGCUCACGGGGUCGGCCACAUCGAUCUGGCCCAUCUCGGCAGCGUCGGACCAGAUUUCAUGGUCAGCAACUGCUACAAAUGGCUGAUGGUUCCGAGAGGCUGUGCGAUUCUCUACGUGCCCUUUCGGAACCAAGGGUUGAUUACAACCAGUAUGCCGACGUCUUGGGGAUACGAGACAGAAGAGGAGAGAGCGAAGCUGAACCCGCAGGAGUACUUCUCUCGUCUGUUCAGCAAGGUCUCAACGACAGACAACACACCCUAUUGCUGUGUCCCAUUGGCACUCAAGUUUAGGGCUCGUGUUUGCGGUGGCGAAGCCAACAUCCGCAAGUACUAUGGCGGCUCAAAAGUCGCCAAGUGGAUGCAAGAGCGCACGCCGGCCGAGUAUGAGACUUAUAUUCCGAUCAAGUUCUAUGCUGGGGAGUUCUGGUGCAGAGUCAGCGGCCAGAUCUACUUGACGAUGGAUGACUUUGAGUGGGCUGCGAAGACGCUGCAGCAGCUCUGCGAGCGUGCGAUCGCUGCGCGGCUCUUCGGAGGAUCAGAACGCCCUACGUUUGCUCUGCCUGUCGUUUCCAUUCCCAGGAUCAGCGACUGCAAUGGCAGACGAGCGCCCAGCGACCUGGCGUCGCGCAUCGCCAGCAAGGCACAGGCCAAGGCAUCAUCAGCAAAUGCAACCAACAAAUCCAAAUCUACGAGACCCAAGUACACGCCCAAGGCCAAGAAUGCUGAAGCGGUCGCGACGGAGGGCACAAGCCCUGAGAUCAUCCAGCAGGUCUUCUCCUCUCUUCAGGGACUUGAACAGAGCUACCGCACCAUCAGCCGCCGCCUCAAGCAGUUUGAGCAGCAGCCCAACGAGGGGUCCGCCCCGGGCGCCAACCCAGCCGAUGCCUCCCAGCCAGCCACCGUUGACGGAAACAAAAGCAUGAACCAGUCGGUCCACAAGUCGGCUCAGAAGCUAGGAUCUAAGCUGCGUGUCCUCAGUGGAACACUUGAGGUCCUGCGGAACGUCCUUGGGUCCCAGCAAAUAUCCAUUGGCGAGCUGAGCAAGGAGGCGCGCAAGCAGAAUAAACCGACAAAGGACGCAAACAAAGCCAAGCCUGCAAACGCAGCGGAGACAAGAACCGAUGCCGAUGUGUCGCGUGCCUCUGACAGCUUGUCCGCCAAGAGCUUCAUCAAGAAGAUCCCGACGGGUGCCGCUGCCGUCGCCGCCACCGUAGCCGCUACAGUUCCGAUCCCUACCCCGGAAGCCCCGAGCACUCCAUCACCUCCGCUUCGAAAAGAUCUGGGCCCUUUGGACAGCCUGCCUGCGCACGAUAAAUACCUUGCCCGCGUUCCGGCGGUCGACCCAUCAAUUGAUUCCCAAUCUCCUGAGGUCAAGACGGCGAGAAAGCCCAAGAAGCCGAACGUCAUCGCGAAGAAAUCUCCACCGAAUGUCAAAGUCGCCAAAGCCAGCAAGCUGGAACUCACUCCGGUGGAUCGGCCUGGCGGACCUGAAGUUCCCAAGCUGGCCUACGGCCUCGACCGCGUGUUGUUCAAUCCUGGCGUAUACCACCUACAGGACCCUCGCUCGCGCGUUUACAAUUUUGACCCCUAUCUGUCCAAAAUCAUGCCCACUACCGAAUUCGACUUUGGCGCGUUGAAGAAGUAUGUCACAUCGUCAAAAGAUACCACGCUGAACGACCUGGCGGCCAAGCUUGGCAAGAAGUACAGUGGUUCGACGUCGAGCAUGACCUCCAUGCUCUCUCACUUUCACUUCCUGCUGUCCGCAUGGCGUCCCAUCAACCCCGAAAACCUAAGCCAGGGAUUUGAGCCAGACUUCAGCAGCUACACUUUGAUAUCACGCGCGCCUGCGGCCAUUUUCCUGACACUGAACAAUGGCGUCUAUUCCAUCGAUGCGGAUAAGGAGUAUGACACGGCCAACGUCCUCAGCAUGCUAGGCAAGUCCAUGGAAAAACUGUUGACGCUACCGAAGGAGGAGUUUGAGCGAUACCGCCAUAAAUAUUCGGACUCGAUCACUGAAGAGGAGAGGAACGCGGAGGAGGCAUUCCAUUUCUCCACGCUAGGGGAUUUCCUCAUGCGAUCGCAGCUUGAUGCCUACGACAAGAGACUCCCUGGUACAGGCAUGUUUGAUCUCAAGACGAGGGCUGUUGUGUCGAUUCGCAUGGAUGCUGCGCAGUUUAAAAAGGGUCAAGGCUACGAGAUUCGCCGAAGGUUCGGACAGUGGGAGUCGUUUGAGCGCGAGUAUUACGACAUGAUCAGGGCUGCUUUCUUGAAGUACUCCCUCCAGGUCCGCAUGGGCCGCAUGGACGGCAUCUUUGUUGCCUUCCACAACACGCAGCGCAUCUUUGGCUUCCAGUACAUUCCUCUGGAAGAGAUGGAUACCGCUCUUCACGGAACGGACGACAGGAGCCUGGGUGACCAGGAAUUCAAGCUCAGUCUGCACCUUCUGAAUGAGGUCCUCGACCGUGCGACCAAGAAGUUCCCUGGACGGACGCUUCGUCUGCAUGUCGAGACUCGACCGGGAGACCCACCCUUUACUUACAUCUUUGCUCGACCUGUCACCGACGAAGAGGUGGCGCAAGUGCAAAACUCUAACCAAGCAGCUGUUGCUGAGUUUGAGAGAAAGCUCAUGGGCAUCGAGCAGGAGGAGAACGAGGCCGAAGCCACCGAGCUGGACAUUGAACCGCAGCCGGCGCAAGAGGAAGAAAUGACUGACACGCCUGAGGAGACGAGGCAGCAAACCCUUGAAUUCUGGGAAGAGAUGCAGGACAAGGUCGAAGAGGCUGUGGAGAAUGAUGCUCUUGGCGUCAACCACGUUCGCGAGGCCAUCCAGUCGGCUCUUGAGCAGAGCGGUCUGCUCAAGGCUCGGUCUGCCGAGGAGGCGCAGAGCUAUGUCGAGUCGCUGCUCGACGCCCUGACUGGCAGUCAGGCCUCAGACGCAUCAAAGUCGGCAGAGGACGAGUUUCCCGUUAUCUCAAGUGAGCUUACUUCUCCUGAUACCGUGAUUGAGGUCUCCGCUGGCGAAGACUCGGUCACUGAGGGCGGUCAAGCAAGGUUAGAGUUCGCCGAGGAGCCACGGUCGUCCGUAGAGGAGGCGGACUCAGCGUCUUCAGCGCUCGAAUCAUCCACUCGCUCUUCCGACCUCAGUUUGAAGGAGCUCAUUCUCCGCGUGGCGGAGCGCAUUGACAACAGGCCCGAGACGGAAGAGACCACCCUGACACCAGAACAGGCGGCCUCGGAAAUCUCCAAGCUGGGAGAGUUUGAGCGGCUACUGGUUAAGCUGGUUGAGACCAAGCACGAGAGGUCGUCCAGUGAGACGACGGAGGAUGUCGCGCCGGCUCUUUCUCCCGAAUCCAACGAGACCCCUGCCGAAGCCGCCAACGAAGGCUCCGCCGCCGACAAGACUGCGCCUGCUACGGAGGAGCAUCCGAAAGAGGAGCCUCUAGAAGACAUCGUCGGCGACGAGAUCCUCGGCAUGCACCUGACGGUCCGCAACAAGGUGGACAACAAAUACGUCACGCGUCCCGAGCGACCCAAGGACCGCAGCUCUCGCCCCCUGCGCUGGACCCUCGAGUACUCUAUCGAGGAGAUUCCCGCGCAGUCGGCCAAGCGCAUCUACCAGUCCAUCCAGACGCGGCGGAAGAAGGCCCUCAAGUCGGACAGCGACGACCGCAGCAAUCAGUGGCGGCAGAUGUGGCAGGGCAAGCUGCAGGACAUGUCGCAACGCGGUCGCCGAUUCCGACAGAAGGAGGACGCGCACGGCCGGAAGAAUCCCGUGCACCUGUUCGAGAGGGAGGAGCCCCUUACGUGGCAGGAGGCGUUUGGACACGAGGACAACUGGCUAGAAAAUCAGAAGAAGAGCGAUGGCAAGGAGGAGGACGACUGA